AUUGCCACGCGUUCUUCCAUGGCCCAAUCACCUCGCUUCCUCUCUCUCUCUCUCUAGCUUCUGUAAACUUCUUUCCCUCUCUCUUAAUGUUCUUCUGGAUCAGGUGGGUGUUCCCUAAAUUCAUCUGAAAUUUCACAUUUCAAUCGAAUGCUCCCCCUGCCGCCGCUGCCGCUGCCGCCAAUUUCAAGCGGUUGCGGUUGUGGGAGAGCUUAACGAGCGGGUUGGGAUUGGGAUUUAUUCUUCCUUCUUCUUUUCCCUCUGUACGCACCCAUGUCUCCCGUCAAGUUAAUUUCUUCUGGAGAAGGAAACUUUUCUAGCACAAUGGCGGAGAACGGUUUUCCGAAUGCAACUUCCCUGUUGAACUCUGAGAAGGCGGUCCAGGAGCUUCUUCAACGGUCGCCAUUAAUGGAGACUGAUGAGCAUCUUAUUGAGUUUUCAGAGGCUUUGAGAACUGUUGCAAAAGCAUUAAGAAGGGCAGCUGAAGGAAAGGCUGCUGCACAAGCUGAGGCGGCUGAAUGGAAGCGCAAAUUUGAACUGGAGAGGACAAGGAAUCUUCAACUUGAACAUAAAGGGCAGCCACCUGCAGAACGCAACGGUUAUGAUAGUAAGAGAUCAAACAAUCUAACCCCACAAGCCACCGAGCAAUCAGACUGGUGUUGUGGAUCAAAUGGAAUAUGUUCUCAUGAAGUUCUUCAAGAUGGGGACGUCGAUUCUGUUUCUCAAAAGGGGUCCGGAAAAUAUACUCGAAAGGCACCAUUUGAACUUUCAUGGGGCUGCGAUGGCGAGCAUAGUGAUCGACACAAGCACGAUGUUGUCUCCUUUGAAAAAGGAAACAUAACAACUGCAGAGCGUAGCAGUAGACAGAUCUUUUUGAAGUGGGAAUCGCAACCUCAGACUGUGCUUAUAUUGACCAAACCAAACUCAGUAUCAGUUCGAAUUCUUUGUUUUGAGAUGAUCAGAUGGUUGAGAGAGCAUAAAGGUCUUCACAUUUACGUUGAACCACGCGUCAAAAAUGAGCUUCUGACAGAGUCAGACUACUAUGAUUUUGUCCGGACAUGGAAAGAUGACGAGGAAAUUUUGCUUCUGCACACGAAAGUUGAUCUUGUGGUUACUCUUGGUGGAGAUGGAACAGUGCUCUGGGCAGCAUCAAUGUUUAAAGGACCAGUUCCUCCUCUUGUUCCAUUUUCUUUAGGGUCUCUGGGUUUUAUGACUCCUUUUCACAGUGAGCAUUACAGAGAAUGUUUGGAUUCAGUUCUAAAGGGUCCAAUUAGUAUCACAUUGCGACACCGACUGCAGUGCCAUGUUAUUCGAGAUGCAGCAAGAAAUGAAUAUGAAACGGAAGAACCGAUACUCGUGCUGAAUGAGGUUACAAUUGAUCGUGGAAUGUCGUCAUACCUUACGAAUCUGGAAUGUUAUUGUGACCGUUCCUUUGUAACUUGUGUCCAAGGGGAUGGUCUGAUUCUUUCAACUACUUCGGGCAGCACAGCGUACUCAUUGGCUGCUGGAGGAUCGAUGGUUCAUCCUCAGGUUCCCGGCAUUCUAUUUACUCCGAUAUGCCCGCACUCCUUGUCUUUUCGGCCCUUGAUAUUUCCCGAAUACGUAACGAUACGCAUACAAGUACCUUUCAAUAGCAAGGGGCAUGCAUGGGCAUCUUUUGAUGGAAAGGGCAGGAAGGAAUUGGGUGCAGGAGAUGCACUUGUAUGCAGCAUGGCACCUUGGCCAGUGCCUACAGCGUGCCAGGUCGACUCGACAAACGACUUCUUGCACAGCAUUCAUGAUGGCCUUCACUGGAAUUUAAGAAAGAAGCAGUCUUCCGAUGGACCUCGAGACACAUGAACGGAUCAGGUAGCUUCUUUAACUCCUCGAUAGGACGCAGUUGAUCUGCUGCAACAUAUCCUGAUUCUGCCUCAAAAACGAAUAGAUGUAGUAGAGGGGAAAAAGGAGAAAUAAAAUCACUGAAUAACAGUAGUUUUCUUCCAUAGUAUUUAUGGUUUAAGCUCAAGGCUCAAGCUGAUGUGAGCCCAUAUCCUAAUAAGUUGCAUUAUAGAAUCAGUGCUGACAAGUUUUUGAAUAGUAAGGAAUAGCUCAUUUUAAUCUUACUAUGUUCUUAGUAU